AUGGAAGAUGGGGUGGGGAGGGUUCACAUCAAAGAUUCCAGGAAAAACUCGCAGGCCAAUAAAAGCAAACAGACAGAAGGGCACUCAUUGCUGAACAGCAGUUUCGGUUCCAACGUUGUGGCGACCUUCUUACUUGGUAUUUUUGUCUCAGGCUGUGUCGUCGCCUGGCUUGGAUUCGUCCUUCGCCUUGGGUGUCGAAGGAGAUGGCGAACCUUCCACGCCCAUCUCGGCUCUCAGAUCGUUGAUGCUCCUCUCUAG